UAUAGAUUAUAAAUGAUGUCACACAAUAAAGUAUUACCGCACUCUUCAAGAAUAUACAAAAUAUAUAUUACAAAUAAAUUAUUAGACGUAUCAAAAUAUUUACGUAAUGAUAUUAACAUUUCUCGGCAAAAAAGUACAAAAGCGAAGACUGCCACCUCUGUGUAUCGUAGUAUGAAUAUAUUUGAUAGAAAAGCUAAGGCUCUACAAAGGGAAAGAUCGGCACGCAGAGAAGAUUAUCAUUUAGUGGAACAUAUAAAAGAAGAAAUUGGUUGGCGUACCGCUGACAGAGUUUUUGAUAUAAAAAGGACGUUUAAAAAUGCUUUAGAGCUGGGUGCCAGUCGAGGUUAUGUAUCCAGACAUUUCUUACCAGACAGUGUAGAGAAGAUCACACUCUGUGAUACAUCACAAACACACCUGGAUAAUGCAAUAGUAGGUGAUGGUGUACAGGUGGAGAAGCUUGUAAUAGAUGAAGAGAAUAUUGAUUUUCCCGAGAACAGCCUAGACCUCAUAGUAUCAUCGCUGGCGUUACACUGGGUGAACGAUCUGCCUGGAUGCUUCGACAAAAUUAUGAAAUCACUAAUGCCAGAUGGGGUGUUCAUGGCGACGGUAUUCGGCGGAGACACGCUUAUGGAGCUGCGACAGGCGUUGCAGUUAGCCGACACCGAACGACUGGGAGGCAUGGCACCGCACAUAUCGCCUUUCACCAGGAUAAGAGACAUAGGUGGCUUACUAACGGCAGCGGGGUUCACGCUACAAACAGUGGACGUGGACGUGCUGACGGUGUGGUAUCCGACCGCGUGGCACGUGAUGGCAGAUGCGCGUGCCAUGGGGGAGUCCAACGCGGCGCACACACGCCCAUUACGGUUGAACCGUGACGUGCAGUUCGCUGCCGCCGCCAUAUACGACGAGAUGUACGGCAAGGAUAUUCCCAAUAGAAACUCCCGAGGUGUGCCGGCUACCUUCCAAAUAAUAAACUUCUUAGGCUGGAAACCAGAUCCAUCGCAGCCAAAACCACUGGAGAGGGGCUCCGGCGAGGUUUCCCUCAAGGACUUACACAGAAUAGAUGAAAUCAUCAAGGAAACUAAGAAAGUAGAGUUGACUGAAGGUGAUAUGAAAUAAAUAUAUAAAUAGCCAACGAUAUCAACGCAGCGCCAUCUAGUCUCAAACUAUGGAAACAUCUUAUUAAUUAUAUAGUACGUAAAUUAUAGUA